CGCGACACUCGUCAUCAACGCCCCCCCAACACCCAACACCUCCCCAUACACACGGAGCACGUGGAGUGGUGGGCACUGCGUGCUUACUCAAUCACCAUCUUCGUAACUUUCCGGUACUGUGACGUUGGGCAGACAUAAGCAGAUAAUCGGCCAUCAGUUGCCCGGCUGUACAUCGCACACAGCGGCGUACAGCAGCAGUGUACAGAGUGUUUGCGCACGGAAACGAAAGCAGGAGGCAAGGUGGGGAAAGGAGGACAACAGCAGUGCUAUUUUUAGUGGGCAACUUGACAGCGCACCAGCUCCAUGGGGGACGGCGCCCAAGACAAUCAUGCGCGGGAAAAUGGAAGCGGCGGCGAAAUGCGCGCCAAGGCAGCGGCGACAGCAGCAGGAGGCGCGCCUGCGCAGCCUCCGCGCAUAACCGAGAGAGUGCUUGCCACGAUAUCCAUCAAGAUUAACGACAAUCUCCGGUUAUUCCGGGCAGGCACGGCGACUAUGAUGGUGGGUUCGGCGCUGGCCAUCUCUUUUCUCGUCUACCGCCGGGGUGUGCACGGAUUUCGUUCGGCCGCUCAGGUGCCCGCGUCGUAUUUCGAACGCCGAAAAAGGUUGCGGGUCCGCAUAGCGAAGAUUUCCGAAGCACCUGCAGCCCCUCCAACCUUCGACGGUCCUCCGAAAGACGGCCGUGGUCGCUUCGACACUGCCGGAGUAGCAAUUCCCACGACUAGACCCAAGGGUUCAGACGUGCUGCUGCACGCGGAACACAUCACGCUCCCCCGGCGCCUCCUCCGCCUUCCGCCGCGGUCCCUUCUCCCGAGCGCCGGCGGCAGCGAUGCUGCCACCUUUACCCUGAGGCUUUGCGGUGUUUCGGCGGAAAGUGAAGGCGUUCUGCUUGCACGAAAUGAGCUGGUGAAGCCUCUGGUGGGGUUUUACUGUGAUGCCGAGCUUUUGUUUCGGGAGCAGAGAUCAGCGGCUUCUCCGAGCGCGACUGCUGGGGUGGGCUUCGGCGUCGGAGCGACCGAACAGGUUUCUGGGCCUGUAGCCGUAUGUCACAUCCACCGACGGAGGGGCGUGCUCUGGCGGGACAUGCUUCAGUCUCGAAUCGACCCGAAGGCGGGGUUUGGAGAGUACCUCAUUUCCCAGGGCCUGGCGAGACUGCGCGAGGAACAGUGGUGGGCCGCGGCGGACCGCAACGGCCUCACCCCUGCCCCGGCAGUGGUAACAGCAGCAGCAAGACCAACGUCUGCCGUGAGCGCUCAAACGCAUCGCCAUCGGACCGGCGCUGCAAGCACGGGUGAGGGCGGGGACGAUUCCGAGCAGCCGUUCCCCGCCCUCAAGCGCCUCCUGGAGGACCGCGAGAUACUCGUUGCGGCUGAGGGAGACGCAAAGCGGGCGAGUAGAGGACUUUGGGAUUUGCCGCAGCGUGGGGGAGAGGGUGGUGGAAGAGACAGCGCAGCGGCGGGCAGGGCGAAGAGUUUGAUCGAAGGGGUGGCGGGCAUUGCACGCGUAUUAACGGGUUUGUUUGGCCGGUGGCGAUAACGAGUCGUGAUGGCCUAGCCCGUUGGCUUCAAGGCGCUGAACAACUCGUGCGAAUUAUGCGCCUAUGCAUCGCAACGGUACUUGCAAACCCAUUUUGUUUUUUUUUCACAGAGAACGAAGCCGUCAGGGCUCAGUUAGGAAUUUGUCCCUGCGGGUGGUUGAGCAGCUACGAAUCGGUACCACGUGCUUUCGCUCCAAUGCUCAUUCUGCAAUUGGCACGGUUGAUGCAAUGACGAGGGAUUUCCUUACGUGGGUGCUGGUUACGAGAGGGUCGUUUUUUUGUUGCUUGGGUAUGAUGAAACAAGACGUCGCGGCGAUUGCGUUUGGUGUUCUGUAGGUCCCGACUGCAAGUACAUUGUACAGUAGUUCAUGCAGCCGAGUAUAUUCCCGACGGUGUUGAACUCAGCGAACGCGAGUGGGGGCAAUAAGCCCUGUGCUGUGCACGUACAUAUGCAUCGACGCCAACGAGAAAAAGAACGAUUUGUUGGGCAACGCGGCGAACAAAUUUUUAUGUGCUGUUUUGUAUGAUCGGGUUCUUGAUGUCCUCGGACGCAUCCAUUGCGGAUUUACCCUACCUGCAGGUAGUUUACUGUUGCAUGGUGUUGCGUUUGCCAUACCGCGUGAGUCCGAUGACCAACGGAAGGGCGCCGUUGUCCACGAGUAUUCAUUCAGAAAUGCGACCCUGUGUACCCCCUUCAGGUUAUCUCGAGGGCUUUCGUUCUGUGACAACUUUCUGCAGUAAUUUUUGUACACGUUAUACGCAUACCUUGCGUACGUGUUUGCUACACCUACGGGUAGAGUACUCCUGGCGCGGGAGCAGAGGCCACCUUGGCACUUGCCUUUUCUUUUUCAUUAGCGUCUCAUUGAAGUCCACUCCUGCGUCAAGAUUAAUUGAAAGGUCGAACUUCCCGGAUGGGGAAACUCUUGCCGACAAUGUAUUGAGCUCAGACG